AUGCAAUUGAGCGAAGAUCCCGGACCAAGCUCGAAGCUGGUGAGGACUUUCAGUGACCAAUUGACCCGAGAAGCCCCCAAAGACUCGCUUGUCCGCGGACUCGCAACCAAAGUCGGCCAUGACAGAGAACAAGAGCAAAGAUUGAUCGCUCUCCGAGAUGAGUGGCAAUGGCUUUUCCGUGAUGCGCGCCAACUUGCGCAGAUAGCGGUGCCGGAUGAAGAAGUGCAGCUGCUAGACAAGAGCCGCGCACUUUUUCAGGCGUGGGAACGUUUCCAACAGCAGCUUCCUGCCGCCCAGCGCCGGGACCUACGAGAUCAACCCCCCAGUAUCAGACUGCUUUUUGAGACGGUGCAGAAUGCUUCAGCCACGUGGCAAGACAAACGCGCGGGGACUAGACGUGGUAGACUGAAGAGGAUCUUCGCGAGACUGUGUUCAAGCUGUGAAGACCAUAGUCAACUCAUGGCUGUUGUUCCAAACGACGACAAGUACAUCUGUCUGCUUACCGGUUCGUUGUCCGCAAUUGCACAAGCGACCAUAAAUCAUGAGAGACUUGCAGAGGGUGUUGCAGAUGGAAUCAAGCAGUUGUCUGACGAUCUGGUGUUCUGGAACAAACAACUCAGCGUCCACGGCGACAACCAUGCAAUGCAAGGCUACAUCAAGGACUUAUACGUGGUCAUCUUCGAGUUUCUGACCGAUGUCUUUGUCGAAUGGUCUUCCUCAGGAUGGCAACGGUUUGUCAACAGCUUCAACAAAAACUCAUUCGACCGGUUACUGAGCUCGAAGAGAGCCCAGAUGGACGCUAUUGCAGCGCGGCUGGAUCGCGAAGCCAAUCUCGAGACACAAAGGCGCAUUCGCACCAUGUGCGAUGACCAGCGCAAGUUGACCCAAUACAACAAAGACCACAUGGCUGAACUCAAGGCGCUUGCGUUGGAUCUUGGAAGCAAGAGUCAACGCUUCCUGGAAGGUUUAGAUCUAAGACCUAUCGCUCAUGUAGGUGUGCAGCAACUGUCUCAACCUGUCACGCACGUCCUAGCUAUCGAAGAUGUCCCAGACACUGGCUCUGAUGCUGAGGACUUACCGCCAACGGAUUCUCACACACAAGAAGAUCUGAAGAAAGCUAUUGCCACGUGCAAGAAUGUUGCCAAACUCCAGGACGAUGAGCUCGGCGGCAUUCUAUACGAUACCUCACGUGUCCUCGUCGAUGCUGGAGUUGCAAACCGCCUGCAAUCGUGGACGAAGAGCGAUGAAGCGGAUCGACUUUGGAUCCAGGGACCACGCGACACGACGAGGCCAUCUCAGAACACGUUGACCGCGAUCUCUCUUGUGGCUCUGGCCAAACGCCAUAAGAUUCCGCUCAUUUCAUACUUCUGCACUAUUGCGGACGACAGACAUGGCGCAGCCUUGCUUACAGACUCCCUGGCGGACAUGGUAUCGUCACUCAUCCUCCAAAUGGUGGCUCUACUGCCCUCGCAGUUCACGACAGGGUUGGACCUGAGUCCCGUUCGGCUCGGACUCGUUGACAAGGAAAGAGGUUCAAUCUCCGAAAAGCUGGACCUCCUACGCGACCUCCGCAGCCUGUUGCCCGAGCUCGUCUUCUGCAUCAUUGACGGUCUUCAGGUUUUGGAAGACCGCUCGGACCGGGCGCACACACGGCACUUACAGCAGGUCAUCUAUUGUCUCUGUACCUUCGAUGGUGACCACGAAGGUGGGAAGACAAUGACCAAGGUGUGCUUCACCACUGACGGCUAUGUCGACAUCUUGGGUGCUGCUGCUAGAGCAGAUGCGCUCGACAAGGUCUACUACGAGAUUGACGCCGCCGACGGAGCUGUCGAUGACAUAGAUUAUGCGAAAUGA